AAUGAAGGAAUCCGGCCAAAUCAAAGUGGAAGGUUUGAUUUCAACAAUAAAGGUAGAACAGCUUAUAAUAUCCGACGCUGUGGAAGGAGAAACUCGGCUUACUAGCAGCGAUCGGUGCUCUGAUGAACCGGUUUUAACGACGAAGAGCUUAACUGAUGUGAAACAAGAACCUGUGACGGGCAUCAUCGAUGCGGUUGAGACUAACGCAACGUGUGACGAAAUUGCAGCUUCUAACUCCAGCAACCUUAACGGUUCAGAAAUGCACAAUACCGGUGUUGGUGAUUAUCCGCGGAAAAAGUACGCUUGUGAGUUCUGCAACAAGGAAUUCAAAGCAAAAUGCACCUUGGACGAGCAUAGAAAAAUUCACACCGGGGAACGGCCUUUUGCGUGUGAUAUGUGCAGUAAAACAUUUCGCACAGCCAGAUAUUUGCGGUACCAUAAGAGUGCUCAUAGAGGAGAGCGGGAUUUUGAGUGUGACAUAUGCAAGCGACGUUUUUCUAUAAAACAAAGUUUAUCGUCCCACAUGACUAUACACCGCACAGAUUGCCCUCAUAAAUGUCUGAUUUGCGGUAAAACAUUCGCAGGUAAUUGCGGUCUAGUAGAACAUAUGCGCAGUCACAGCGAUGCGCGACCCUUCAAAUGUGACAUAUGUGACGCAACGUAUAAGAGACUCCAUAUUCUGAAAAGACACAUGGAGAUCCACAAAGUCGAAUCAUCUCCAGGGUUAGUUUAUUUUGAAAUGAUCUAUAUGCUAUGCUGCUUGAUAAACAACACAGAAUGUUCGGAGCCAAAACGGACCAAUAACAGGCGAAGUGUUGAAUCAGUGAAAUACACCUGUGACAUAUGUGGCAAACAGUAUAGACGAUUGGGAGCACUUCACAUACAUCUGAAGUUUCAUCAGGUCACAACCGAAAUAAAAUCUCACGUGCCAAAGCUGCAUGAGUGUAGGAUUUGUGGAAUAUCAAAUCGGCAUAGGUCAGAACUCAUAAGGCACAUGAGUUGCCAUACUGAAGAACGGCUUUUUGAUUGCGAUAUUUGCGGUUCAUCAUUUAAGUCAGCUCUAAAAAUGAGAUUUCAUAAAAAAAGUCACACCUCCGAGAGGCCACAUGAAUGCGAAACUUGCGGAAAAGGUUUUCUGCUUCCCUCUAUGCUAAAGCAACACUUGAUUUGCCAUACUAAUGAACGGCCUUUCCAAUGCAAUAUUUGCGGUCUGUCAGUGAAGUCAGAAUAUAGUCUAAGAAAUCAUAAACAAACGCAUAAGGCGAAAGGAGAGACCAUGACAUCCGAACAAAAUCAUUCAACGCAUGUGGAUGCUCACACUGAAAAACAACUUCUCAGUUGCGAUGUUUGCGAUUUACCCUUUAAAACAGUUCUUGGCUUGAGAAAACAUAGGGAAAAGCACACCUCUGAGCGCCCGUUUGAAUGCAAAUUUUGCAUGAGAAUAUUUCCUUUAUAUAGCAGACUAAAGCAGCACAUGCUUACCCAUUCAAAUGAACGGUCUUUCAAAUGCAAUAUUUGCAGCUCGUCAUUCGUGACAUUUUCUAGCCUGCAAUCUCAUGGAAAAGCACACUCGCAAGAACGACCUUACAAAUGUAGUAUUUGCGCUAUUGCCUGUAAAACAAAAAGCAAGCUAAAAGCGCACGAGAAAUCGCAAAAGCAUCUAAGGCAGAAAUUAAUCACAAGUGAAACUGAUAAAGUAAACCUAAACACAGUUGUGUUGAGCGAAAUAAAGGAAUUAAGCCAAAUGAAGGAAGAAUUUAUUUCAGCAAUAAAGGUAGAAGAAGUUAUAAUAUCCGACGCUGUGGCUACGGAAGUGGAAACUUCGCACGCUAGCAUCGAUCGGGGCUCUAGUGAAUCGACUGUGACGAACGCCCUGGGGACAGGUUCAGCUAAUGUGAAAAAAGAACCUGUGACAAACAUCACAGAUGAAACUGAGGCAGAUUGUGAUGAAGUUCCAAUUUCUAGUUCUAGCAAUUCCAACGGUUCGGAAAUGGGCAAUACCGGUGUUGUUGAUCAUUCGCGGAAAAAGUACGCCUGUGAAUUCUGCAACAAGGAGUUGAGCUCAAAAUUCAGUUUGAAGGUUCAUAGAAGAACUCAUACCGGGGAACGACCUUUUUCAUGUGAUAUCUGCAGCCGGACAUUCCUCAAAAUUGAUAGUUUGUAUUUCCAUAAAGAAGCUCACAAAGGAGACCAGUAUUUUGAGUGUGAUAUAUGCAAGAAACGUUUUUCACAUAAAUCAAGUUUAUGGACCCACAUGAAGAUACACCGCACAGAUUGCCCUCAUAAGUGUCUGAAAUGCGAUAAAAAAUUGCCAAAUAAUUAUCAUCUUGGACAACAUAUGCUUAUUCACAGCGAUGCACGGCCCUUCAAAUGCGACAUCUGUGACGCAUCGUACAAGAGACAAAACACUCUCAAAAGUCAUAUGAAGCACCACAAGGUCAAGCCCUCGGCAGGCAAUUCCAACGGUUCGGAAAUGGGCAAUACCGGUGUUGGUAAUCAGCCGCGGAAAAAGUACGCUUGUGAAUUCUGCAACAAGGAGUUGAGCUCAAAAUUCAGUUUGAAGGUUCAUAGAAGAACUCAUACCGGGGAACGACCUUUUGCGUGUGAUAUCUGCAGCCGAACAUUCCUCCAAGCUGAUAGUUUGUACUCCCAUAAAGAAGCUCACACAGGAGACCAGAAUUUUGAGUGUGACAUAUGCAAGCAACGUUUUUCACAUAAAUCAAAUUUAUGGACCCACAUGAAGAUACACCGCAUAGAUUGCUCUCAUAAGUGUCUGAAAUGCGAUAAAAAAUUGCCAAGUAAUUAUCAUCUUGGACAACAUAUGGUUAUUCACAGCGAUGCACGGCCCUUCAAAUGCGACAUCUGUGACGCAUCGUACAAGAGACCUGGCGCUCUCAAAAGUCAUAUGAAGCACCACAAGAUCAAGCCCUCGGCAGGCAAAACAGAAGGUUUAGAGCCAAUUCGGACUGAUAACGGCCGAAGUGAUAAAUCAGUAAAAUACACCUGCGACAUAUGCGGUAAACAAUACAAAAAUCUGAGACCAUUUCACCUACACUUGAAGCUUCAUCAGAGCACCAUUAUGAGAUCUGAGACUCAAACCCAAAAUAAACUACACGAGUGUACGAUUUGUGGAAAAGGAAAUCCGAAUAGAACAUCACUCGUAAGGCACAUGGUUUCUCAUACUAAAGAACGGCUUUUCAGUUGCGAUAUUUGCGGAGCAUCAUUUAAAUCAGCUAUACAUGUGGGAACCCAUAAGAAAAAGCACACUGUCGAGAGACCGUUUGAAUGCAAAAUUUGCAAAAAAAGGUUUCUUUAUAUUUCCAAGUUAGAGAGGCACCUGUUUUGCCAUACAAAUAAACGGCCUUUACAAUGCAAUAUUUGCGGUCUAUCAUUGACGUCAGAACGUCGUCUAAGAAAUCAUGAACGAAGGCACAAUUCUAAUCGUGAAAGCAUCAGCAAAUCAGAAAAACCAUAAGGAAAAGCACACCUUACAAGCUAAGGUAGCACUAUGAAUAAUCAGAGGGGCCAGAUGAGAUCCUCGAACACCAGCAAGUGGAAUCUCAGUCCCGUAGCUUCAGCCGAUUCAAUUGCCUCCUCACCAGGUUCUGAGUUCCCAUGACUUCUUUACAAAGGUAUUUUCGACAGCUGUCCACAUUUCCUUGGCCGUUCUUUUCUCGCAAACAAUCGCCAAACACUCGUUGGCAAGGAAACCAACUAGGUAGGACUCAUUCUGGUCCGCUUCUCCAAACUUCUUUUCAGCUUCAGCUGCAGGCGCAUCUCCAAUCAGCGUAUUCAAAACUCCAACGGAAUCCAGGAACAUCUUGACUCGGAAUUGCCAGUGCUGAAAUCCUCCCUCCACCUUUAAACUGCGGGGUUCCGCAUACAGCUUCGCGUCGUGCGCUUUCCAUAACCUUUUAUAGUAACGAACGCAGAGCGUUCAAAACUAACGUGUGGUUUUAUUGAAGAAUAAUUUGAGAAUGAUGAAAAGCUUUGAAACGUCUAAAAAGCAGCGAUUGCUUAAAGCUUGUAGGUUCCCUCGAUAUCAACAAUGAAUAGCAAGAAAUAAAAUAGAGUUUUGGUCAAGGCCUAAGCUGCCCAUAAAUGCAUAA